AUUUCCUGAAUGCGAGAGUAAUUGUGCGAUUAUUUUUCCCAAUAAUGAGAUGACAAAUGAUUUAUUUUUGGAAGGAAAAGUAUGAUAGUGGUGGUAUGAAUGAAUAUGGGGGAUGGUAAUUUGGAAAAUGCGAAGAAGGCCGCGAGGAAGGCCGUGGAGUUUGACGAUUCGGAGCUGUAUAGAAAGGCACUUUGUUAUUAUGAUGUCGCCGCCCGGUUCCUCGAGAGGAUAUCGCCGAGGAGCUCUCCUGCGGGGUUCUCGGUCAGGACUAAAGCCGCGGAGUACAGGGAACGAAUUUCUGUUUUACAAACGUACAUUAAAGAAGAUGAAGGGAGCAAGAGUCCAACUGUCGACACGAAUUUACAAAGAGUGAAAUUUCUCAUCAAUGAGGCUCUCGAUGCUGAUGACGAAGGCUGGAAGGAUGUUGCUGUCCUUUUAUAUGCUGAUGCAGCACAGCUUGCAUUGGAUACGAAAAAAACGACAACGUCCCCCGACAAGCAGCAGCAGCUGACCAACCUGAGCGCCCGCGCAAUUACCCGAGCCGAAGCCCUCGAGGGCAUAACCACCCCGUCCCAACUAGCGCUCCUCUCGACCCUCCCCCCAGUCCCCGACACAAUUCUCGAGUCCCCCACUGACUCCCCCGAGGAGAGCCACCACCAGGAAGGUUCCUCCCCCUUAACCUCCACCCCGACCUCCAUCCCCACCCCCCCAAAGCCCCCGCAAAACCGCGCCCUCCCCCCGCGUCGAGGUCUCCACCGCGGCAGCAGCGCGCACCUCCAGGUGACCGGUGGCAGCGACAGCUACACCGAGGAGGAGAAAAAGACCCUCCUAACGACCUCCCACAUAAACGACAACGAGUUCGUCCCCUUCAUGACAGUCGACCUGGCCGAAAGGUUCACCUCGCCCACCCUCUUCUCCGACAAAGACGGUCUCCUCGAGUUAGCCCCAAAGCAAAAGAGAGACUUCGCCCGUUGGGCGCGUCCUAGUCAGCUCUUCGAGAGUCCAAAACUGGUUUUAGGAACGCACGUGGACUACUACAGCAUAAAACAAACAGUCGUCUCUGACUGCUCCUUCGUGGCGUCCCUAGCGGUGAGCGCGCAGUACGAAAAGCGUUUCGGUCAGCGUCUGAUAACUUCGAUCCUCUUCCCGCAAAACCGAACCUCAAGGGAACCGGUUCACAAUCCCUCGGGGAAGUACAUGGUGAAGCUCCACAUAAAUGGGAUUCCCCGAAAGGUCAUUAUAGACGAUCACCUCCCAGUGGGAAGGGAGAACCAGCUGUUAUGCUCGUACUCCAGCAACCGGGGGGAGCUCUGGAUCUCUUUACUGGAGAAAGCUUACAUGAAGGUCAUGGGGGGCUACGACUUCCCCGGCUCCAACAGCAACAUUGACCUCCACGCCUUAACUGGAUGGAUCCCAGAGCGAUGGGCGAUCAGGCCGAAUGACCCAGACUUUAACAAGAACGGCCUCUUCAAGACUCUUUUGGAGAGGAUCCACAAGGGAGACGUCCUGGUGACAGUCGCCACUGGGGAGCUCUCGGACCCCGUGGCCGACCAGACGGGACUGGUCCCCACGCAUGCCUAUGCAGUCCUCGAUGUAAGGCUCAUUAACGGAAACAAGCUGUUGCUGCUGAAGAACCCUUGGUCCCAUCUAAGAUGGCGUGGGAACUACUCUGAACAUGACGUCCAGCACUGGACGCCUGAGCUCAAGAGACUCCUUAACUACGAUCCUGAGUCUGCGUCGCAGUAUGACAACGGCAUCUUCUGGAUUGAUUACGAGAGUAUUUGUCAUUUUUUCGACGUCUUCUAUUUGAAUUGGAAUCCGGGGCUGUUCAAUUACACUUACUGCAUACAUCAGAUGUGGAAUGCUGGAACGGGGCCGAUCAAGGAUGCUUAUAAUAUUGGAGACAAUCCCCAGUUCUCGUUGGAGGUGCAGUCCGGGGUCUCCGGGGCCAUUUGGAUCCUCCUGACGCGACACAUCACUGAUAUCGCGGACUUCAGGCAGAACCAGGAGUACAUCACAGUUCUGGUGUACAAGAAUAGCGGGAAGAGGGUGUAUUACCCUCACGAUCCACCGCCGUACAUCGAUGGGGUGAGGAUCAACAGUCCUCAUUAUCUUUCGAAGAUCAAGCUGGAUCCGAGUAGUGAGUCGAAGUACACUCUCGUCAUCUCUCAGUACGAGAAGAUGAAUACGAUUUAUUACACUCUGAGAGCAUAUGGCACUUGUCAGUUCACGCUCAAGAAGAUUGCUGAGCCUUACAAGUUCGAGAAGACUGUUACUGAUGGGCAGUGGAAGGGGGAGACUGCAGGGGGAUGUGCUAAUCAUCCGGCUACUUAUGGGAAGAAUCCGAGAUAUCAACUGGUGCUGGAGAGCUCGAAUAAUAAUAACUAUCUUUUGGUUAUUUUGAAGGGACCGAAACAGUAUCAGAUUGGGUUUGAAAUCACGGCUGUUACGUUGGGCGAUCCUGAGGCACCAACUGCCUUUCAGAAUAAAACGUCUGGGCCUUUUAGGUCGGGAUUUGUUUAUUUGGAACUUUCGGAGGUGGUCGCGGGGACUUAUCAUAUUGUGCCGGCGACCUUCAUGCCGUUUCAGGAGGGACCGUUUUUCCUUACGUGUAAGGCGUCUUGUGGCAUACAACUCAUGAGCAUUCAGUGAAGAGUGGGAGUUGGAGUGGAGGGUUCCCUGGUGAAACAGUCCGAUUAUUUCCGACUGGGUGAUAAAAAAUGAAUCGGCGUUAAUGAUGUUUCUGUCUUUGCGCGUUAUAUUCCGAUUGGCUGGUGGGUAGAGUUUGGAGUUUGAGAAAAUUAUGAGAAUUAAUAGGAUCGAGGGGAUGUGGCCGUUAUCGUCCGACUACUUUCCAAAAAAGUGGUUGAUCGAUCUCAUAUUGCUCAUAUAAAUAUUUAAUAUAUAUUGCUUAUUUGAAUGUUUAUAUGCGUAAUAUGAGAUCUGUCAACCACUCUUUUGGAAAGUAAUCGGACGAUAACGGUGAUCGGCCAAUCGAUCACGGCCUUUUUAUCACAAUUAAAAUAAUCACGGCAAAAAUAUCACAAACCAAAAUAUCAUGAAUCAAAAAUAUCACAAUCAAAAAUAUCACGAACAAAAAUAUCACAGUCCAAAUGAUCAUAAAUAAUCCUUUAAGCCUCCUCGUAGUAUAAAAAUUGAAUUCUAAUUCCAACGGGUCUUUCUCCUCACGUAUCAAUCAGAUAACUUAGGAAAUAUCUAUUAUUUCCAUGAAAAUUCAAGUUGGUGAGCGAGAUAUUGAUUGUUGGGUUGUUAUUGUUUAAUCUUGGCUGCCUUUCUUCCUUUCUGACCUUCUUCUGAGUUCCAUUCGUUUGUGAUAUUGUUGUUUGUGAUGUUUCAGCUGUGAUAUUCUUAUCGGUGAUAUUUUUGCUUGUGAUAUUUUUGUUUGUGAUAUUUUUGACGUGAUUUUUUUGUCAUGAUAUUUUUGUCCGCGAUAAAAAGGACUGUAACCGACGAUAACGGCCACAUACCCUUGUUCCCAUUAAUUCUCAUAAUUUUCUCAAACUCCAAACUCUACCCACCAGCCAAUCGGAGUUUAAUGGGCAAAGACAGAAACAUCAUUAACUCCGAUUCAUUUUUUAUCACGCAGUCGGAAAUAAUCGGACUGUUUUACCAGGGUUGGAAAGAAUUGUUGAAGGAAGAAUUAUUUGAGGGAAUGGUGAAUGAUUGUAUUAUUGAUUCGGUAGCGGAGAGGGGUAAAGGGGGGUUCAUUUCUUACUCGUUCGUUUCUAUUUGGGAACGAAUUGCAUAAUUGUGUCAAGCAGUUGUGACUUUGUAAAACUUAUCAGGUUUAUAACUUAUUGCAACCUCAUGCAUCGCAAACAAAGAACUGAAUGUGAGCUGAAAUCGCCUUGAGCCAUUUUACAUCUUCGCUACUGUGGCUGUUAAUAAUUCAGUAGAGAAGCGGUAAACCGGGUUAAGUCGAUUUUUACUAUUGGCUAGUUUUUGACGAAUA